UCCGCUGCUCGGUGUCGGUGCGGACCGGAGUGUGUUCCCACAGCAGCGGAGCGGAGGAGGCACCGGGACCGCUGCUGCCGAGCCUUGUGUCGCUGUCAGGGGGAGGGUUGAAGCCAGAGUGGGUUUUUUUAGGAGAAGAGGAAAGGGUGUGCAAGGCUCGGAGACCCUGCUCUCUCUCUAAAAAAAAAAAAAAAAAAACACCGACAUUUGAAUCACAAUUGAAGCCGGAGCGAGGUGAAAGAGGCCCGGCUGGCUGGCUGGCUGCGCUGCGGGGGAUGUGCGCACACAAUGGGAGACGACGCGCUGGCACCGUCCGGGACGCGGCGGUAGAAUAAUAUUUACCUCUCCGUGUUGUUGGGAAUGGAGACGCGGAUACCGGAGCAGGAUCCAGAGCUGUCAGCGGAGGACUCCCGGUAAGGAAAGGACUUCCUCUGUCCCGUGCAGAAAGUGUUUGUGCACGCCGGGGGGAGCGCUGCUGUAACCCCGGAGAGAGGAGCGGAGAGGAGCGGAGAGGAGGACGCGCUGCUGCUGCUGCUGCAUUUGUGGCCAGUUGAAAUUCCGCUGGGAUGAACGCGGAAUGUAUUUCCUGCGUCAAAGCGCGCGCUGUUUACACAUCUGGAUGAAAGAAUAAUCAGUUAUUGCCCCGCAGAGAAACGCUUUAAGGUAAUUUAACCCUCAUGCACAUCAUCUGUCUGCAGGCUGAUUCAUAGAAACCAGUAAUAAUAGUCUUAAUAUCAUAAAGACUGUAGGAUCAGUUCAAGUUAAGUCUGGGAACGCUGAGGAGGAAUAUUUGGGAUGUACCUGCUGGACAGUAACUGCACUGAAAGGAUGGAGAGGGGCACGCCUCAGAGGAAGACCGUGUACCGGAUCUCCCUCACCCUGGUGAAGAGGGAGAGUUUGGAGGAGGACGAGGACGGAGGAGGGUCGGGCUCCCGGCGGGCGGAGAACCCUAAAGUGGGAGCGUUCAGGCGGGAGGGCUCGGUGGAGAUCCAGCGGAGCGGCCUGCUGGAGCAGCUGCAGGAGGUGGAGGACGAGUCGGACGACUUGUCAUCGUCUCACAGCUACAUGAGGAACUUCAGGACGUUCAGCACGGGUCAGCUGGAGCUGGGCAGGCUGAAGGUGUCCAGGAAGCAUCACCUACAGAAGGAGCUGAAGGAGAAGGCCACCAGCCCGUUAGCCGAGACCACGACGCCCCCCAGCCAGGAGGACACGCAGGGGGAGAGCGGCGAGCAGGAAACGCAGGAUUCAGACAGGCUUAAAGAGGAUAUUUGCACUGAAACUCCUCCGACAGAUGCUGCAGAGAGCGUGGAGAACGGCAGCGUGAGCAAGAAGAAGAGACUCCUGAAGGCGAGGAGCAUGGAGGAGAGGAGCAGCGAGCCUCCUCUCAACGCUAACGGCAAGAUGUCGCACUCCAAGAGCAACGGGAAAGCAGCCAAGGCUUUGUCCCCGGAGACGCCGCCGCCUCUGAAGCGUCCGGCCGGUCUGCUGCGCCGCAGCUUCAGCUUCAGACACUGGACGGGCGGCGAGCUGCUGCGCCUGCGAGCGCUCUCCAAGGACAAACACCACAGCAGCUCCGGCUGCAUCGGCAGAGACGCCGGGCCCGACGCCGCCGCCGAGAAGGACGCCGAGGCCGCCGUGGUGCUCCAGAACCCGACCUCCCGCUGCAACGACCCCACCAGAGAGAAGAGCCGGACGCUGGAGAUCGGCGCCGUCCUGAACAAGACCGACUCCAUGUCGGAGCUGAGCCGCUGGGAACGAGCGCGAGGCAGCAAGAACCGCACGCUGGACAACAGCGACCUGCUGCGUCUGGCGGCAGAGAAGGACGCGGCGGGAUCAGGGUUCCUGCUGCGAGGCGGCGGAGGACGCUCCAGCGAGAGGCGGCUGGUGCGUUUCUUCAGCGGGAUCUUCUCCAGGAGGGACGGGGCGUCCACCUCCACGCCGCUGGGGAGCCCCAGCACCAACAGAUCCCUCCGCCGCAGCAGGAGGACGCAGUCCAGCACGGAGAGCAUGAACGGAGGAAGCGCUGACGAUGCGUUUGUGAACAGUCAGGAGUGGACGCUGAGUCGGUCGGUACCAGAACUCAAAGUGGGCAUUGUGGGUAACCUGGCCAGUGGUAAGUCGGCGCUGGUCCACAGGUACCUGACAGGAACGUACGUCCAGGAAGAAUCACCUGAAGGCGGACGCUUCAAGAAGGAGAUCGUGGUCGACGGUCAGAGUCACCUGCUGCUCAUCAGAGAUGAAGGAGGCCCCCCGGAGGCUCAGUUUGCGUUGUGGGUCGACGCCGUGAUCUUCGUCUUCAGUCUGGAGGAUGAGAUCAGCUUCCAGACGGUUUAUCACUACUUCAGUCGACUCGCCAACUUCAGGAACACCACCGACCUGCCGCUGGUGCUGGUCGGCACGCAAGACGCCAUCAGCUCGGCCAACCCUCGGGUGAUCGACGACAGCCGGGCCAGAAAACUCUCCAAUGACCUCAAACGCUGCACCUACUAUGAAACCUGCGCCACCUACGGCCUGAACGUGGAGCGAGUCUUCCAGGACGUGGCUCAGAAGAUCGUCGCCACCAGGAAGAAGCAGCAGUUGUCCAUCGGGCCGUGCAAGUCGCUCCCCAACUCACCCAGUCACUCGUCUGUCUGCGCGACGCAAGUGUCGGCCGUCCACAUCAGCCAGACGAGUAACGGCGGCGGCAGUCUGAGCGACUACUCGUCCUCGGUGCCGUCCACGCCCAGCACCAGCCAGAAGGAGCUCCGCAUCGACGUACCGCAGACCACCAACACGCCCACGCCGGUCCGCAAGCAGUCCAAACGCCGCUCCAACCUCUUCACCUCGAGGAAGGCCAGCGAGCCGGACAAGGACAAGAAAGGCCUGGAGGCUCGAGCCGACAGCAUCGGCAGCGGGCGAGCGAUCCCCAUCAAACAGGGCAUGCUGCUGAAGAGAAGCGGUAAAUCCCUCAACAAGGAGUGGAAGAAGAAGUACGUGACGCUGUGUGACAACGGGCUGCUCACCUACCACCCCAGCCUGCAUGACUACAUGCAGAACGUCCACGGUAAAGAGAUCGACCUGCUGAGGACCACAGUGAAGGUUCCUGGGAAGAGGCCGCCGCGAGCCGUGUCCACCUGCGCCGCCAUGCCGAGCCCCAAAACCAACGGCCUGACGAAGGACAUGAGCAGCCUGCAGCUGGGACAGGCUCCAGGUUCGGUGACCAGCAGCUCGUCGGUGUCUCAGAUGGCGAGCGGCGUCAGCCUGGUGUCCUUCAACAGCCGCGGGCUGGAGGGGAUGCACCAGCGCUCCUACUCCGUCUCCAGCGCCGACCAGUGGACCGACGCCACCGUCAUCGCCAACUCCGGAGUCAGCACCGACACGGGCCUGGGAGACUCGGUCUGCUCCAGUCCCAGUAUCUCCAGUACCACCAGUCCCAAGAUGGAGCCGCCGCCGUCGCCGCACGCCAACCGCAAGAAGCACCGGCGGAAGAAGAGCACCAGCAACUUCAAAGCCGACGGCCUCUCUGGUACUGCGGAAGCCAAACGUAAAGCGUGGAAACUUAAUCGUGUUGGUAGUCUGCGCAGCAUUUACAGCAACAGUCUGGAUAACUCGGAAGAACAAGAGGAGAACUUUGAGUUCACCAUCGUGUCGCUGACGGGGCAGACGUGGCAUUUCGAGGCCACUUCGUACGAGGAGCGUGACGCCUGGGUGCAGGUGAUCGAGAGUCAGAUCCUGGCCAGCCUGCAGUCCUGCGAGAGCAGCAAGAACAAGUCUCGUCUGACGAGCCAGACGGAGGCGAUGGCUCUGCAGUCCAUCAGAAGUAUCCGAGGAAACAGCCGCUGUGCCGACUGUGAGACGCAGAACCCGGACUGGGCGAGUCUGAACCUCGGGGCUCUGAUCUGCAUCGAGUGUUCGGGCAUCCACAGGAACCUGGGCACCCACCUGUCCAGAGUUCGCUCCCUGGACCUGGACGAGUGGCCGCUGGAGCUCAUCAAGGUGAUGUCGGCCAUCGGCAACGAGCUGGCCAACAGCGUGUGGGAGGCCAACGCUCAGGGACACCUCAAACCCGGACCGGACGCCAGCAGGGAGGAGAGGGAGCGCUGGAUCCGGGCGAAGUACGAGCAGCGUCUGUUCCUGGCGUCGCUGCCCGGCACCGACCUGUCGCUGGGUCAGCAGCUGCUGCGGGCGACGGCAGAGGAGGACCUGCGCGCCGUCGUCCUGCUUCUCGCCCACGGCUCCCGACAGCAGGUCAACGAGACCUGCGGCGAGGGAGACGGACGCAACGCGCUGCACCUCGGCGGCCGCAAGGGCAACGUGGUCAUCACGCAGCUCCUCAUCUGGUACGGCGUGGAUCUGAUGGCGAGGGACGCCCAUGGUAACAGCGCCAUGGCGUACGCCCGACAGGCCAACAGUCAGGAGUGCAUGGACACGCUGGCGCAGUACGGCUGCCCCGACGAGCGCUUCCCGCUCAUGGCCACGCCCAACCUGUCGCGCCGCAACACCAACCGCAACAACAGCUGCAGCAGCGCCGGCAGCGCCGCGCUCAUAUGACCCCGCCCUCGCCACGUGACUCUUUUUUUGACAAAUGAACAAACUCUGAUUUUGGGAGAAUCCUGACGUUUAUUUUGGGAACCACUACCUGUUGUGACUCUAAGCCCCGCCCACCUCACCUGACAACCACCACUGCCGCCAAAAAACGGCUCGUUAAGCCUGAAACUGAUGGCGGGUCAGUGGCGGCGCUGCGUCCAUGUGUCUGAUUGGGAGAACACACGCAACAGGAAAAAAAAAACCCAAAGCAUGCUGGGAAAUGUGGUCCACAAUCACCUGAGCUUGGUGCUCUUCGGAGCGUUUUGGGAAAUAAUCAUGUGACUUAUGACGACCAAUGAGGACGCAGUCUGAAGCUCUACGGACAUCAUACCUCAUCACGUUAUUGUAACACUACGAGGCCAGUCGACCAAUCGCUCUGCUUUUUACCCAACAGCCAAUCAGAACCUGUCUUCUUCUUCUUCUUCUCUCUCAACACACGAAGAAGAAAACUGUGAGACGGAAAAUAUCCACGAAGGAAACGAGAGGGGGAGUCUGCAAUCCUGCUUAUCAUCAUCAUCAUCGUCAUCAUCAUCAUCAUCAUCACCUUCUGUCUUUACGAUCCUGCUCUGCAGCAUCAGUGUUUCUUCUCACCUGUAUUUUUUUGUUUUCUUAUGAAUUCUGUGAACUCUCCUGCCUUUUACACGUCUUUUGUUGUUUUGUUUGUUUUUUUUAUGUGAAAAAUAUCUCGAUGUAAAACUUUUAAGAGGAAAAAAAAAGAUCUUAGAGGUAAAAAAAGUGUGAUAGAUCGCAUGUCCUAGACACUUUUUGCUUUUGUUUUUUUAAUUUAAGGCAUUUUUUCCUGGAUUGUGUAUAUUGUAUCUUGAUGUGCAUUGCUGGACCAAUGGUUAAAAAUGUCAACAUGGGGAAGGGGAUUUUUUUUUUUGUUUGUUUUUGUUAUAUCGGGGUGUAUAAAGUCAUUCAGUGUACAGAAGCUCUUGCCAGGCUCAGGGACCGGAGACUGUCCGUUAGAAACACCCUGUUGUCUUUUCCCAACGACUCCUUCAACCAGGAUUUAACAUUCGAUUCCUUUUUCACUUCAGUCGACUCAGAAAUCAAAUCGAACUCAUGUUGGAGAUUCUAGAUAAAUCUGGACGAUAUGACCUCACAUCUGGUCACAUUUAUCUCCAUAAAGAUAAAUAGAACCACAACAAAUACACAUUUUUAUGGCUGCAACUAACGAUUCAUACACUGUUUGGUCUAGAAAAUGUCAGUUAAUUGUGAACCAGAACCAAAGAUAUUCAGUUUACCAUCAAAUAAUAAGAAAAUAAUUAUUCAUAUUUAGCUAAAACCAUUUUAUUUCAGCUCAUAUUGGACAUAAAUCUCUAACUGAUCAGGUUUACUUUUUAUAAAUUCAUCCUGAAUGAUCCCUAUAAGACCAGAUAAAAGAGAGAGAUUAGUAGAUCAAUCGAUUAGUCGAUCAACAGAAAAUGAAUCAGCAAUUAUCUGAUAAUCAAAUAAUUGUUUUAUUAAUUUUUUUAAACAUUUGCUGCUUCCAGCUUCUCAGAUUCAGGAUGUGAUUCUUUUCUUCACAGUAAACUGAAUAAUUUUGGGUUUUGGACAAAAUAAAGAAUCUGUGCACUGGUUUAUAGACCAACAGAUUAAUUGGUAAUGAAUAUAAUCGUUAAUUGCAGCCUGCGACCUCCUGGAUUGACUGAAUGGAGAGAGACCUGAACCUGGAGCCUGGAGAUUCACAUCCUGGUCCAACAACAUUUGAAUUGAAACUCUGUCCCUGAAGGCAGUUUUUAUUGUUGUAUGUAAAAAAUGGAAAAAGACGAGGAAUUAUUAAGCAGCUAAGAAGCCACACGGAGCGAAAAAGGGAAUUUUUACAUCUGUGAGUUUAGUCCAUGUUAAUCUGCUGUCAGCUCAGACCAAUCACACGAGACCGGUUUGUGUUUCUGUGGAUGAAGAUCUGUCUGUAAUGACAUGUGACGGUCUCUCCGAUCUGCUCAGCGAAUCACUAAGAAGGGCUUCUUCUUCUUCUUCUUCUUCUUCUUCUUCUUCUUCUUCUUCUUCUUCUUCUUCUUCUUCUUCUUCUUCUUCUUCUUCUUCUUCUUCUCUGGUCUGGAAAAAAACCUCCUCCAUGUAAAUAAUCUCUUUCUCUCUUUCUGUCGACAUGUAUAAUUAGAGAAUACAGGAAGUACUUACACCAGUCUGUCUGUCGGGUUGCAGAGCGGAAGUGUUUUUUCUGAUGUGUGGUCGUGUAGAAAAAACCGGAAGCAUGGACUGAAUGUUGCGUGUUUUUUGCUCCAUGUUGCGCUGAUUCAUCCAAGACAGGAAGUAGAAAUUUGGCGGUUUAACCAGACGUCUAAACCAGUGGUUCCCGACCUGGAAAUGUUUGUCUGUAAGGGAACAACAUGAAUCUGUUCAUUUCUACAAAAAUAAUUUUUCUUUUCCGUUUCAAACCCGCCUCCCAACGUGAAGUUGGACCAAUCAAUCAGCUCGUUAGACGUGCAGAGCCACACAACACGUUAAGACUUUUGCGUCGCGUGUGUCGGCUGCAACCGUUGCAACGUACUGUUACCCAUAACUCCCAGAAAUGUGUAUAUGUAUGUUCACUGAACCGUAGUUUUAGUCUGACGGGACAUGAGAUGGUUUACAGGAUGGGAAAUCCGAUGUGCGACCACAUGAGAGUCCAAAUUUGGUGAAGUCUGAGUUGAGACUGAGUCCAAAUGCAGUUGGGAACCACUGGUCUGAAGAUUUUGAUUCCACUUGGAACAAGUUUGUAGCUGCAGGUGAAUUUUGUCGCAUGUAUGCAAAAAUGUAAAAACCCACCUUCCCCACUCUGGCGACGUAGAUUUGACUGAACGCCGACUUCUUAUCUGGAUGUGAAAUGUGUGGACUGAUCAGGAUCGUCUGAGGAGAAGCUCCUUAACCUCGAUGUGUGUGUGUGUGAUGAUUUUUACCUUCGACACUAUGCUGCGUAUCAGCUGCUUCCUCCCCGAAUUUUGAUCAUAAACGUUGCUGCAGAGGUUGAGGAGCAGCUCUCGACCCGACUGUGUAUCCAAGCAAUAUUCACACAUCAAUCACCGUCGCGUCAUAACGUCAUACACCGCCAUCGCUGCAAUAUUCCCAUUACACCACACACACUCUGCCUGUUUGUAGAAAUGUUAGAAAGAGCUAAAAAGAAAGAAAUCCAUUUUUGUAACACUAAAACUUUCCGUUUUUUUGCCUUUUUAUUUAAACACCGGCCCUUAAUCUUCCUCUGAUUGCGUCCAACCUUAUUAUGUGCCACGUCCCCGAUUCCCCGACCAGUCGUCUCAGAGAUGACGUUUGAACUCCCGUAAAAAAAAAAAAAACUAAACCAAGAGGUUUGACCGCAACUUGUGUUUUUAAAGUGUUUUUAUUUAGUGUUUGUACACCCGACUCGUCCUGCGUCUGUCCUGAGCUAAGACGACAGGACAGGACAAAGACGUCCUUUAUUUAUGACAGAAAUGCACUAAAUCUGCUUCAGUUUGUCUGUCUUAAAACUGACUCUUUCCACUACAGUUUUCUUUAUUUCUCUAAUUAUUUUGGCAUGAAACUAACAUUUGCUUAUUUCUCUAGGUGGUGGCGACUUCUAGCGGUUUCCUCUGAACAGAUUUCUGCUCUUAUUUUAACAGCAUCCAAAUUUCGGGCAACUUGAAAAUCCAAACUCCAUUUAUCAGAGUUCAGGACCAGAGAAAGUUCAGUAACAUCUAUAGAUACUAAAAUAAACGCUUUCCCAGUAAAAUUCUGUUAAACCGCUCCGGAAACCGGAACCAGAGCAUUGUGUAGGAACAGAAAUAAUUUGUCAUGCUAACCCUUACUGCGGCUAGCUGUCAGCUAACAGUUAAAUUCUGUUAAACUGUUCCAUCUUUUCCUCAAAACAAAACCCAACAUGAAAAGUAGGGAACAUUUUUGAUAAUAGAAACAUUAUGUUAAGCUACAGCUAGCGAUCAAUUAGCUGAACUGCUGAGUUAUGCCGUUAAAGCUAACUGCAGCUAGCGAUGAACACACUAGCAUGGCAGCAUUGUUUCAGCUUCCAAGCUAACAGUUUAUACUUUCCCAGCUAUAUUCUGAUAAACUUCUUUGUCUUUUUCCUCAAAACAAAACCCUACAUGAAAAGUGGGAACAUUUUUUGAGAAUAGAAACAUAUCUCCAGCUACAACUAGCGAUCAAUCAGCUAAACUCAGCUAACCAAGAACUGCUGAGUCAUCUGUUGCUGAAGCAAACUGCAGCUAGCAGUGAACAGACUAGCAUGGCAGCAUCGUUUCAGCUUCCAAGCUAACAGUUUCUACUUUUCCAGCUAAAUUCUGUUAAACUGCUUUGUCUUUUCCACAUUUUUUGAGAAUAGAAGCAUCCUGUGAAGCUCCGGCUACAACUAGCGAACAAUUAGCUAAACUCAGCCAACAGGAAACCGCACUGACGUUUAAUCCCGUCAGUCGACAUUCGCCACCGCCGGCGCCGCCUCACUUGUACAUAGACUUUAACAACGAAACGAAGAAAAAACACGACUCCGUAUGGUCAACGUUUGGUUUGUAUGGUUGUUACCUCAUGUAGCCUUUAACCCCUAAGCCCCACCCACGUUAUUUAUAAACGCACCUAGCGAGGAAGACUCCGCCCCCCUCCAGCCUACGUUUUUGUAUAUUUUUCUCCGACCUCUCCAGUCCAUCCAUGUUUUAAUAUUAUGAUUUAUCAUCCAGACACAUUAAUGUUCUUAUUGUUAUUCUAAUUAUUAUUAUUAUUAUUAUUGUUAUUGAGUUUUGUUGGCUGUACAGUACCGUUGUUGAAAAAUUCUACCUAAUACAGAGUCUUCUACUGUAAUGUGUCUCUUUUCAAUAAAGACAAGAAUAAUGCUUCUUAAUAUAAA